AAAACAAUAUUAUUUCUCAGGUAACUGCAGAUAGCCGCAUAUUUAUCUUGACCCGUUCAAUUUAUAAGACUACCUAGCGCCAAUGCUUUAACCAUGGUCUAGAAUGCGAGUGCUGUCAGUUUGAGAAUCAAAGCAACAACAAAACAGUGAAAGUGCUCUUCUUGGAUUAAGCAGAAUUUUUCAACUUUUGUCGUACGAAAUCUCCUUAAUUUAAACAUAAACGUUGACGAUUUAUUGUUACAAUGGCCGAUGAUCUUCAAAACUACAAGCUUCAACUGCAACAAGUUGAAGCUGCCCUCCAAACAGACCCGUCGAACGGGGAACUGCUCAAGCUAAAGACAGACCUGGAGGAAGUAAUCGAUCUGACCAAGGAGUUGAUUCGCGCUCAGCAGGAAACGGAAACGAAAAAGAGCGCCUACAUCGAGCCCGCUAGCACCAGCUAUUUCGAGGGAUUUGCAGCCUCGGAGAAAAAACAGGCCAAACCUUCCGUCAUCUGGAAGGUCGGGGACAAAUGUUCGGCUAAAUGGAUCGAAGAUGGGCAGUACUACGACGCCACUAUAGAAGCUAUCACGGAUACCGGAGAGGUCAAUGUAGUUUUCGAUGCAUACCAAAAUCGAAGCACAACUACGGUCAACGAGUUAAAAGAGCGCAAAAUUCGAAACGAAGUGUUCCCAUCAUCAAGCAAUAAGAGAAUGCGUCCGAACCAGAAAGAGUACCUCAAGAAGAAAAAGCAAAAGAAGCAACAACGAUUCAAGGAACUGGAGGAGGAGAGAGAGUGUGAGAAAAACAAGUGGCUGCAAUUCGCUGCCAAGAACACCAAAAAGACUGGCGUCAAGAACAAGAGCAUCUUCGCAUCGCCGGAUACGGUCAACGGGCGGGUAGGCAUCGGUACAUGCGGUGUUUCAGGUAAGCCAAUGACCGAAUUCAGCUACGGCGAGAAAUAUCGGAAGGGCGUGUAAAUGACACAAACUUUAGCAUAAACUUAUUACACAAUAAUAUUACAUAUAUGUACUAGAAACUGAACUUUUUCAAAACUCACUGAUGCUCUACGUGUAGCAGAAGUUUUUUUCUGUAAUGAUAAUACUAAAUAUAAUAGAUAUAGGCAUAUCUAAAAUCC